UAGGCAAUCGGGUGAAUGGUGGCAACUGGCAAAUGUCGAGCAAGAUGGCGCUGAUGGCGAGCUCGCUAAACCACGUCCGCCCGUUAGCCUACGCCGCGGCGUCGGCCUGCCUCUACACUACACGGUUGGUGACUCAGCCGCCGGACCUGGUAAAGUGGGUCCAGAGAGAAGGCGGAUUUGUGCACAGGUCUAUUAAGGUGGGAUAUUUGGAGGAAGAGAAACCCAACGGGCUCGGGCUCGGGCUCGGUCUUCUGGCUUCUGAGGAUAUUCCGAAGGGGACUGAUCUCAUUACUCUCCCCCAACACAUUCCUCUUAGGUUUGAAGCCAAAGAUGGGGAAUCAUCUGCUUUGAUUGACUUGGCUCGGCACAUUCCGGAGGAGCUGUGGGCGAUGAGGUUGGGCUUGAAACUUCUGCAAGAGAGAGCCAAGAAAGGUUCCUUUUGGUGGCCUUACAUUAGCAAUCUUCCCGAAACGUACAGUGUUCCUAUUUUCUUCCCCGGCGAGGAUAUCAAGAAUUUACAGUAUGCUCCUCUUCUUCACCAGGUAAACAAGAGGUGUCGGUUUCUUCUUGAUUUUGAGAGGUUAGUGAAAAGUAAACUCGAAAAUGUCAAACCAGAUGAUCACCCCUUUGGAGGACAGGAUGUGGAUGCUUCAUCCCUCGGAUGGGCAAUGUCAGCUGUUUCAUCUCGUGCAUUUCGUCUAUACGGCAGAAAUGCAAAUGGAACCCAUAUCGAUACUCCGAUGUGCCUCCCACUGAUAGACAUGUGCAACCACAGCUUUGCUCCGAAUGCUGAAAUUGUACAAGAGAAUGAAUCGAGCAGCGAGAACAUGCUUGUAAAGGUGAUUGCGAAAGUGCAGAUUAAGCAAGAUGAUCCGAUAGAGCUCAACUAUGGCUGUUUAAAUAAUGAUUUGUUUCUUCUGGAUUAUGGGUUUGUCGUCCCCUCAAACCCGUACGAUUGCAUCGAACUCAAAUACGACGCAGCCCUUCUAGAUGCUGCUAGCAUGGCUGCCGGUAUCUCAUCCCCCAACUUCUCUUCACCGUCGCCAUGGCAGCAACAAAUAUUGCUCCAGCUCAAUCUAGACGGCGAAAAUCCUGAUCUUAAAGUGAGGAUCGGAGGUUCUGAGUUAGUCGAGGAUCGAUUGUUGGCUGCCUUGAGAGUUCUCCUGUGCAACGACAAAGAAGCCGUGGAAAAGCAGGCUCUGGAUGACCUUAAAUCGAUUAAAAGUGAAGCACCACUCGGAACGGGAAAUGAGACGGCAACACUACGGACAAUUGUUGCUCUGUGCGUGAUCGCGCUCGGGCACUUCCCCACCAAAAUUAUGGAAGAUGAAUCGAUAAUGAAACAGCAGAAUAAUGGCGAUGUCGCGGGAACAACCAAGCUUGCCGUCGAGUACAGAAUCCAGAAGAAGACUGUCAUUGUUAAUGCCAUGAGGGAUCUUUCAAACAGGAUUAGAUCGCUCUCCUCAGUGGAAACAAGUGCUGCGCAAUAAUUAGGUAACAAGCAGUUGUACUGUAAGAGCCAAUUUUCAAUUCUUGCUAUUUGUUUUGGCAGAUGAACAAUAUGUCAAUUUGUGGUUGCUCAAUUCAUAUAUGGUCAGGUAGAUUCACAGAAGCAAAACUUUCUAAGAAAUUCUGAAUAAUUAAAGAGAAGGAGAAGAACUGAGAGUAGAAAAGUCCUUUAUAAUAUUCAUCUAAUUAUGUACAAACUAACUGGUAAGGCCAGAAGAUGCACUAAACAGGAGACUGAGUAAACAGUAGAACCUCUGCCGUAGCCUAACCGUGUAAAUCAAACAGGCAAAUUCGAAAUCUAUCAUGAUUAAUUACCAACCGAGAUUGGCCUUUCUGCUAACCCUAGAGGCGAUCGCGAUCGUUGAUGGUGGCGGACGAUCUCCCGGAGCGCUGGCCGCGCCUCCGGCGGCUGCAGCGCAAGGCGGUUGAUCUUCUCCAUCUCCUGCUUUACUUUCCUGACCUGGCUGUGAAUCCCCACGCCUUGAUAUUCAUCUCGAUCGUCGCUGCUGCUGAUUGUUUCCUUGUUAUCCAUUGCAGGCAUAGCUAAA